CUGGCAAAGUUGGCCUUCAAAAUCUGUUCCAGAAGACAUCUUGUCAGCACCAGAGCGUUGAAUUUCUGUACAAUAAAUGAAUGCUGGUGUGGUCCAAGACCUGAGGUCUUGUAAACAUUUUGUUUGUUCCGCUGCUAUACAAUACUAGCAUGUUGUGAAUUUGAUUAGUGAGAUAUUGUGUAAUACUUGAUCUAUUAGUAUUUUUUGUUUCGGUCCAUAUGAUCCCAGUGUUCUUAAGUAGUGAGUUUAGUAUCAUCUUAAUAGUUUAAAUGGAUUUAGACUAGUUUAUAAUUAUUUGUGUUUCAAACAUAGCACCUCUAAUUUAAAUUUUUUACAUGAAAUGAAACGUGAACAAAAAUGUAAGAGAUGUGAUAUGCGUAUAUAAACCUAUCUCAUAAGUGGACUAGGCUGUAAGUUAAUUUUGACCUUGAAAGAAUAGGCUGUAAUACCCGGCCUAUUAAUAUUUCCGUUAAGUCUUUAUGUUUUUACAUGAAGAGUGAGAAUAGAACCCCGGGGACCCUGGCAGGUGGGCCGUGUGUUUAGAGAAUGACAGGUGGGCCUAGCACUCUCUCUCUCAUGAAUGAAGAUUGCCCGCGGAGCGAGAUGAAAUUUGAAAUAAGCAAGCCCUAAAUCCCCACCUCUUCUGCUCAGUCCCGUUGCUCCUGUCCAUCCAUGGCGGCCGCCGAGCAGGAGAAGGGGCUCCUCUCGUCGGUGGUGAGCGAAAUUCGGUGCUACGCCGGCUCCGACCCCCUCCGCCCAUGGCUCCGGGGGAUGCGUAAGAUGGAGCGGGCGCUGCCGCCCGCGACGUUACGGGAGAAGCUGCCCAGGUUCCUCCAGAAGUGCGCCCAGGAGUUCCAGGACGACGCUCGCUACUGCGACGACCCCCGCUACCUCCGCGUCUGGAUCCAGCUGAUGGACUAUGUGAAGGAUGCAAAGCCAUUGCUCAAGAAGAUGGAGAGGAACGGAAUAGGCCUCAAGAGAGCUUCGUUUUACAUGGCUUAUGCACUAUAUUAUGAGAAGCACAAGAGAUUUGAGGCUGCGGAGAAGAUGUACUGUUCGGGAAUACAGAACCUUGCAGAGCCUAUUGAGGAGUUGCAUAAAGCACAUGAACAGUUUAUUCUUCGCAUGGAAUCACACAAGAGGAGGAAAGAUGAACUGCAGGAAAGAAAGCCUAGGAAAGCUGGGUCUAGUGCUACAUUUAUGAACCAAGUUGAAGGUAAAAGCAGAGAUCAUAAAGAACUGAAACCCAAUACAAUGCAAAAGUCAGGAAGCAGUUCGAAUCCUUCAGUAGGUUGUUAUCCUCCAUUGGGACCUGCUAAAGUUGGUAUGCUAUCCAGAGGUAACUCGGGAGGUAUCAAGAACUUGUCUCGUUGUAACAGCGACGAUACUGUAGUUGUACGGUUUGUCGGCUCUGCACUGGUUGGGAAGUCAGAAACUGAAGAUGCCUGCCAUCAUGGCCUUGUCGAACCAACUAUAAACACUAAGGAGGCUAUGGAUGCCAUCAACAGCAUGUUUUUGGAACCACUGGAACCAGAGACAAUGCUCAAGAGGCGAUCAAAGCGUGAAAAAACAAAUUAUAAGCAGCAAACAGGUGCAUUUGAUAUCUAUGUUGAUGAAGAUGAACCUAACGGUAAUGAUCCAAACAUGCUCCAAAACAAUAGCCUGAAGCAAGACCAUCCAAAGUUCAGUCAGCAAACAAGAGGGUUUGAGAUCUUUGUUGAUGAGGAUAGUCCUAAUGGCAACGACCAAAAUGUGGGGCAAAACAGGAAUUCUGAGAAGGAAAACAUUAAGGUAAAUCAGAAAACAAGUGGGUUUGAAAUAUUUAUUGAUGAAUAUGAGGCUAAUGACAAUGUCGAGAAUGCCAUAUGCCACAAGAAUAAUAGGUGUCCUCCUGGACCAUUGUGUGAUUCGUCUAGGCAGCAAGGCAAAAGUGACUUUCAGAAGCCAUUUGUUGGAGGAUUUGCAAUAUUGCCAGAUGAAGAAGAAAAAUGUGAGAAAAGUGAUGAUGGUGUUAAGAUAAAUUCCAGAACUGUGCAGACUACUCAUGAUAAGAAUACUUUGCUCUGUGCACUUCGAGCUGAUUCAGGAACAAGAUAUCAUGAAGGUUCUCAUGCUGUGAGUUCUGGACUUCGAGAAGACACUGUCAUUCAUAGGUUUGUUGGAUCUACUAUUGUUGGUGAGCCUAAGGUGGAAAAUGCAUGCCAUCAUGGGUUAGUCGAUCCAACUGUCAAUCUAAAGGAGGCUAUGGAUGAUAUAAACAACAUGUUUGGGAAACCACUGAACUUCAAGGAUGAGAAGACAAAUAAGCCAAAAACCAAUACACUGUCAGAUAGAAAAGCAGCUCCAGUUUCCGGUUUCUCCAUAUUAGCUGAUGAUGACCUCGAAGAGAACCCCACCAGCAAAGCCAAUCGGAGCAAUUCCGGAAAAUUUGGUGCUGAGGAUGGUCUAUUUGAGCCCACAAUCACCACCCGUGAUGUCAUGGCGGAGAUCAAUGAUAUGUUUGGAAUGCCACUGGACUUUUAAUAUACUUGGUGGGAGGGAAUUGAAACUCAACACAUAAUUUGCCCUCACCAUGUCAUUCUUGCCUUGAGAAAUAUGCAGUUUUUGGUGUAUUGCUGUCUUGCUGAUAUGAAGAACUCGCUGCUCUCGGGUGAUUCUCUGGCGCAGGAGCUGGUAACGACAGCACUGCUGCUGCUGGAGUUGUUGCUGCUGUGAUUAAUCGCCGCAAUGUUUUCCAGAAAUGGUAUGGUUUGCGUCCACAUCUUUUAAGUGUCAACCAGUUGAUCGCUGGUGCGGUGUCAUGUAUUGCUGAUAUUUGCUUAAAUGUUGGCUCAAGGCUCCAUUUUUCGUGUUGAAAAAUUGUGAGACUUGUACAUUUGAUGAAACUUUUAGCAGGCAUGGGAAUGCUGCUCUGAUCAUCUGAUGUCCAUAGGUGUGCUUGUCAAA